GCGUCACGAUCAGUGGGAUCAGUGGCAAGUUCGCGGCCAGUUCGUGGCUUGCUAUCAACCUGUUUUUUGGAGUUUCAACCGAAAGAAUUUCUGCAAAGUAAUAGUCGAAAUGAAUAUUACGUCAGCAGCCGGUAUCAUUUCCCUCCUCGAGGAGCCAAUGCCCGAAUUGAAGGUGUUCGCUCUGAAAAAAUUGGAUAUGAUAGUCGAUGAAUUCUGGCCUGAGAUCUCCGAGGCCAUAGAAAAAAUUGAAAUUCUUCAUGAAGAUAAGGGUUUCCCUCAACAAGAUUUAGCAGCAUUAGUUGCUAGCAAAGUGUAUUAUCAUUUAGGAAGUUUUGAAGAUUCUCUUACUUAUGCUCUUGGAGCUGGAGAUCUCUUCGAUGUCAAUGCUCGCAAUGAAUAUGUUGACACAACUAUAGCCAAAUGUAUUGAUUAUUAUACCCAACAACGUGUGCUGGAAGCUGAAGGGAAAUUAGUACCAGGCAAUAAGGGGAUUGAUCCAAGAUUGGAAGGAAUAGUAAACAGGAUGUUCCAGCGAUGUUUAGAUGACAAUCAGUAUCGGCAAGCGUUAGGUCUUGCUCUUGAAACGAGGAGAAUGGAUAUUUUUGAAGCUGCAAUCAUGCAGUCCGACGAUGUCAGCGGAAUGUUGUCCUAUGCCUUCCAAGUCGCCAUGAGUCUCAUUCAGAAUCGUGGUUUUCGUAACACGGUUCUCCGCUGCUUAGUGAGCCUCUAUCGUAACUUGGGAACCCCAGACUAUGUCAACAUGUGCCAGUGCUUGAUAUUUCUUGACGAUCCGCUGGCCGUCGCCGAGCUUCUGGACAGAUUAAGCAAAGGCUCGCAAGAUUGUGUUCUUAUGGCCUACCAAAUUGCAUUUGACCUGUACGAAUCGGCAACUCAACAGUUCCUUGGUCGUGUCUUACAAGCUCUCAGAGCUACGGCUCCCAUUCCAGGAGCACUCAUGGCUAAGCCGAUCGUGAAGCCAGCUGUGAAGGCGUCCACCGAAGUUAACAAUUCCGAACCUGCUGCUGCUGCUGCUGCUACUACGGAAACUGAGGCCAGUACAGCGGCUCCGGAAGAUAAGUCUCAACGUAGCGUUGAAAGUCUGAAUGCCGAAGAACGUGAACAGCAGGAACGAGUGGACGCUCUGUCAAGCAUAUUAAGCGGAGAAAUUUCAAUUGAUCUUCAUCUACAAUUUUUAAUACGCAGCAACCAUACCGAUAUGCUUAUUCUGAAAAAUACGAAAGACACUAUUCGUGUAUCCAUCUGUCAUACUGCCACUGUAAUCGCGAACGCUUACAUGCAUUCCGGCACUACCAGCGAUCAAUUUUUAAGAGACAACCUAGAAUGGUUGGCCAGGGCUACGAACUGGGCCAAGUUGACGGCGACAGCAUCGUUGGGUGUGAUUCACAGAGGUCAUGAACAAGAAGCUUUAGCUUUAAUGCAAUCUUACCUCCCGCGAGAUAGCGGAGCGGGAGCUGGUUAUUCCGAGGGCGGCGGUUUAUACGCUUUAGGACUAAUUCAUGCGAACCAUGGUGCAGCGAUCACUGAUUACUUGCUUGGUCAGCUGAAGGACGCACAGAAUGAGAUGGUUCGCCAUGGAGGAUGUCUGGGGCUGGGCCUGGCUGCCAUGGGCUCCCAUAGGCAAGACGUUUACGAGCAAUUGAAGUUCAACCUCUAUCAGGACGACGCUGUUACCGGCGAGGCUGCUGGCAUCGCCAUGGGCAUGGUUAUGCUGGGAUCCAAAUCUACCCAGGCAAUAGAGGAUAUGGUUGCGUAUGCUCAAGAAACGCAGCAUGAGAAAAUCCUUCGGGGGUUGGCUGUGGGUAUAGCGUUCACUAUGUACGGUCGUUUGGAAGAGGCCGAUCCGUUGAUUACUUCCCUUUGCGCCGACAAGGAUCCGAUCCUUCGCAGAAGCGGAAUGUACACGCUGGCGAUGGCCUAUUGUGGAACCGGAAACAACCAGGCCAUCCGGAAGCUGUUGCACGUUGCUGUGUCUGAUGUUAACGACGACGUUCGACGAGCCGCGGUUACUGGUCUAGGAUUCCUGCUGUUCAGAACUCCGGAACAGUGUCCCAGUGUGGUUUCAUUGUUGGCAGAGAGUUACAAUCCUCAUGUAAGAUACGGGGCAGCCAUGGCAUUGGGAAUCGCGUGUGCCGGCACGGGAUUGAAAGAAGCCAUAGCUUUGUUAGACCCGAUGACAAAUGACUCGGUGCAUUUCGUUCGACAGGGCGCGUUGAUCGCGUCCGCGAUGAUCCUGAUCCAGCAGACAGAAGCGACCUGUGCUCGCGUGAAGGAUUUCCGAGCCUUGUACGCGAAGGUGAUCGUCGACAAACACGAGGAUGUGAUGGCUAAAUUCGGUGCCAUUCUGGCCCAGGGAAUCAUCGACGCCGGGGGUCGAAAUGUGACAGUGUCACUGCAGUCUAGGACGGGACACAUGAACAUGUUAGCAGUGGUGGGUGCACUGGUUUUCACCCAAUACUGGUACUGGUUCCCGUUGGCCCAUUGUUUGGCUCUAGCCUUUACUCCUACUUGCUUGAUCGUACUGAACGCGCAACUGAAAAUGCCCAAGUUAGAACUCCGUUCGAACGCCAGGCCAAGCGUUUACGCUUACCCCGCGCCUCUUGAAGAGAAGAAGCGUGAGGAAAGGGAGAAAAUCACCACUGCUGUUCUGAGUAUCGCUGCCAAGGCGCGAAGGCGUGAAUCCGAGAGGCGCGCCCGGGAUUCGCACGAGAAGAUGGAAGUGGACCCACCAGAGACGACCAAAGAGGUCGUCGAGGCGGCGACCAAAGAGAAAGAGGAAAAGACUAAAGAGAAAGAGGAGAAGGAAACGAAGGAAACGAAGGAAACAAAGGAAACAAAGGAAGUUAAGGAGACGAAGGAGAAAACUGAGAAGAAGGGUAAGGAGGAGGGUGAGAAGACAGUCGAGAAAGAGAAGAAGGAACCCGAGCCGAACUUCGAAAUACUCCAGAACCCGGCUCGUGUACUGAGGCAGCAACUCAAGAUGAUACAGCUCGUCGAUGGUAGUCAUUAUGUUCCCGUCAAAGACAUUCAGAUAGGAGGAAUCGUAAUGGUGAAACACGUGAAAACAGAUACCGAAGAAGAAUUGGUGGAACCAGUCACCGCUUACGGCGCCCAUCCCGAGGAGGAACAAGAAGCGGAGCCACCGGAACCAUUCGAAUACACUGAAGAUUAGUUUAAUGGCGUGACAAGAAAAUAUUCGCAACGCGAGUGUCAUUCAUUACGCACGUAAUUGCUCGCUGUAUAGACAGCAAUUUUCAUUUCGACGAGUAACGUCCGAUACUACCUUUCUUAUUUUCGUAUGAUUAACUUAAUCGUCGCCGAGUGACCGUUUUAUCAUCGAAGCGCUGCCUUUGUUUCGAAGUGUAAUAAAUACAUGAUUUGCUCUAAUGGUA